GACCACGGGGCAGUUGGGGAGCAUGUCGACCCCGGCCCGGAGGAGGCUCAUGCGGGAUUUCAAGCGAUUGCAAGAGGACCCACCUGUGGGUGUUAGUGGCGUGCCAUCUGAAAACAACAUCAUGCAGUGGAAUGCAGUUAUAUUUGGACGAGAAGGAACACCCUUUGAAGAUGGUACUUUUAAACUAGUAAUAGAAUUUUCUGAAGAAUAUCCAAAUAAACCACCAGCUGUUAGGUUUUUAUCCAAAAUGUUUCAUCCAAACGUGUAUGCUGAUGGUAGCAUAUGUUUAGAUAUACUUCAGAAUCGAUGGAGUCCGACAUAUGAUGUAUAUUCUAUCCUAACAUCAAUUCAGUCUCUGCUGGAUGAACUGAAUCCAAACAGUCCAGCCAAUAGCCAGGCAGCAAAGCUUUAUCAGGAAAACAAACGAGAAUAUGAGAAAAGAGUUUCGGCCAUUGUUGAACAAAGCUGGACUGAUUCAUAAUAGACAACUAGACAACUGGUCUGUUAAUCUUUUUCAUCAUUGUUGUGUAUAAUUUACCUCUCAGUAGAAAUGCUAACAAAUUUUAAGUGCCACAGGUUUUAAGGAUUCUACAGAAAAGGAAAAGAAAAAGUCCUUCAGUUUAGAACCUACAAAAGCACAAGCUU